CCAAAACUUCUCUUCGAAGUAAAGAAGAGGCAAACCCUGUGAAAGAAGAAAAGUGGUCGAGAAACUUCUCCAAGAAGCCGAGGAGAGACUAAAAAGAAGACACAAAAGGUUUGGAGCCCACCGCGGUGAAAUACAAGUGACCAUUACACGACAUUGUUGUGGUACUAAACAUUUGAUCGGAUUCCCAGUAAAAAACCAGUCUACAUAGUAGAGCACGGGUCGAGUUCGCCAUCAGAUACAAAAUUUUAUCUGAAUCAUUUCAGGUUUUCUUGUUAUCCAAUUUUGCUUUGCGUUGCUAUGGCACUGACAAAUCGCAAUCCCAGUUUCCCGUCGAGCUCCUCGGACUCCACUGACGAAGAGAUAUGUUUAUACACGAAGAUCGAAACCACAUUAGCCUUAAAAGUUAAAAGACAUGAGACAAUUAGCAAUCUUAAAGCAUUGUUAAGUGAGAAGGCAGGCAUUUCUGAGAAUCUUCAGGAUCUCUUUUUUGCUGGUAAUCGGCUGAUGAAUGAUCGGAGGCUAGUUGAUUAUGAUAUUCAGCAGGGUUCCACUGUCGACCUUGUUCUUCAGAAUGUAUUUGGAAUUAGAUUAUAUGUCAAAAAACUUUCGGAUCAGGAAAUCAUUGAAAUUGAAGCAAGGUCUACUGACACUAUCCAAAAUAUCAAAUUAAUCAUUCAAACCAAGGAGGGUAUUCAUUCUGAUCAGUACACUCUUGUCCACAAUGGAAAAGUUCUUGAAGAUGAAAGGAUUCUAUCCUCCCUCAAUAUUCCAAAUGAAACAAUCUUUCAUUUGGUUUUCAAUCCAAAAGAUGUCUUACCAAUUUUUGUGAGAACAGUGGCUGGAGAGAUGUUGAAACUUGAAGUUAAAUUUUUGUUUACUAUUGGUGAUGUCAAAGCAAUAGUUGGGAGCAUGACUGAUGUCCUCAACAUUGAUUGGGAUCUGGUCUAUGCAGGAAAGAAACUUGAGGAUUGCAAGACUUUGGCUUCUUAUGACAUAAAAGAAGAAACCAUCUUAGAGAUGCUUACCGCCUUGAUCCAGAUAAUUGUUAAGGUACAGGGUGGGAAGACCAUUACUCUUGAUGUACAACGAUGUAACACCAUUAAAAAUGUCAAGGACAAGAUUUUUCAGAAACAGCCUGGUGUCUGGGACAAUGAUUGGCAUCUGAUCUAUGCAGGAAAGAAACUUGGAAAUUGGAGGACUUUGGCUUCUUAUGACAUAAAAGAAGAAGCCAUCUUAGAGAUGCUUCCUGCCUUGAUUCAGAUAUUUGUUAAGGCAUGGGGUGGGAAGACCAUUACUCUUGAUGUACGACGAUUUAACACCAUCAAAGUUGUCAAGGACAAGAUUUUUCAGAAACAGACUGGUGUCCUGGACAAUGAUUGGGAUCUGAUCUAUUCUGGAAAGCAACUUGAGGAUUGGAGGACUUUGGCUUCUUAUGACAUAAAAGAAGAAACCAUCCUAGAGAUGUGUCGUGCCUCGUUCCCGAUAUUUGUUAAGUCAUGGAGUGGGAAGACCAUUAGUUUUAUUGUUCAACGAAGUAACACCAUCAAAGAUGUCAAGGACAAGCUUUCUGGUAGACUGCGGUUUCCUGAUCAUCUUGAGUGCAUUUUAUUUUUCAAUGGGAAAAAGCUUGAAAACGGCUGUGAUCUAGCAAGUUAUGGUGUCCAGAUGGAUUCCACUCUCCAUAUGGCCCUUUGGCGUUCCGUUGAUAAUUCAGAUAGCUGAUAUUUGCAAACUAUACCAAACUGUACCGUCAUUCGUAUUUUGAAGACUAAGAUUGAGAAGAAACUGCGAGCUCCCCCAAAGGUAAUAUACUUUGAUGGUGUAGCAUUGCAGGAUGACCGUUCACUGGCAGAUUACAGGAUAAACAGGGAUGCAACAUUGAUGGUUACUUUUUGAAGUUAGUUAUCCCUGUAACGGAAUCUACAUGCGUCUUUUGUUUUUUUUUUUUUUUCUCUCUAUAAUAUGUAGUUAGAGAAUACGGUGAAAGUGUCUUCCUUACAACUUAUUCAGACGUGAUGCCAAAAGGGUCAAUUGCAAUAUGCAAAUAGAAAAGAAAAAUGUAUAUAUAAUAGUAGUGGUUCAUGUGCUUCCUUUUAUCUUCGACAAGGUUUUCAAUGAAGUUUCUUCAGCUAGGAAUGUUUCUUAGUUUAUUUAAGACUAA